AUGCUAGGAGUAUCCCGUUUCACGCAAGUGAGGGACGGGAUUCGAAGUUCUCUCCUACGUCAACGAUCGAAGAUUAGAGACGCCGCCGCGUUUGCCAAGGAAAGUAAAAUAAGGUGGACCGGACACGUGAUGCGCUUUAAUGACAACCGUUGGACCAGAGCCGUGAGCGACUGGGUUCCCCGCGAUAUUAAGCGCACUACAGGAAGACCGCCGAUCCGAUGGUCAGAUUUCUUCACGAAGUCCUUCAAAGAAAAAUAUGAUGCUCUUCGUGUCCCACGCGAAAGGAAGAACCACUGGGCUACUUUGGCACGCGAUCGGAACAAAUGGAAGAAUUAUUGGCGCCCGCUCGAGCAAAAUCUUCCUACCCUCAGUAAUUUCUGGGAUCGCUAA